AUGUCUUUGAAGAUUUCAACCUUUCUUCAUUCAAUAUUAAGCACCGUCGCAGUGCUAACUCUAGCCUGCCUUGGCUUACUGUUUACCUGGCCGUACCUUCCUCUUACUUCUGUCACACCCUCUUUCCAAUCAGACACUGUGUCAACUACACCAAGGCUCAACUUAUAUCAAUUCCACACAUCCAAAGAGUUGGAAGAUCUGUCCACUGCCGGAGACGCUUCCUGGCAACAACUGACAACGACCAACGAUGGUGGGUUCCUCUGGGUUCGUCAUAACGAGACAUACCGAACAGGAUGGGGGAUUAGCAUGUUCCACUCGUUACAUUGCCUCGGUCUGCUACGAGAGAUUGUGAAGACAAAAUCCGAUCACAGCAAUAGCGACAGUCACCACGCUUCGCAUGCAGAUGCGGCACACGCAGGCCAUUGCCUAUCAUAUAUUGCCCAAUCACUCCUUUGCUCAGCAGACGGAACUCUCGAGAGACCAAAGAGCAUUCUGGACGAAAAUGGCGAUAUUCUUCGGGAUGAUAUCAAUGGGGAAGGUGUUGAGCACCGUUGCAGAGAUCACAGCUUGUUGUGGAAAUUAGCGCGACGGACUGAGCAACAACCUAUCGGCGUGAUGCCUCCUGCAAAAUCUGGAGAUACCGUGUGGGAUUGGUUUAGUUAG